GGUGCAAAUACAAACUGAAACUGAAAUCAAACAUUAACUUUUUUUAGCCACUUCCUAAAAUAAUUGACAUUUCUGUCAAAUUUUCCGUUGCGUACAGAAAGUAUUCAGACCCCCUUCAAAUUUUCACUGUUAUAUUGCUGCCAUUUGCUAAAAUCAUUUAAAUUGAAGAAGAAACAGCCGAGCAACAGAGAAGGACCGCAGCUUUGAAAUGGCAGAAGCCAGCAUCAAAUGGGCUGAGGAUCAGUUCAUGUGUUCAGUGUGUCUGGAUCUACUGAAGGAUCCAGUGACAAUUCCCUGUGGACACAGUUACUGUAAGGGAUGCAUCUCAGGUUGCUGGGAUGAGGAGGAUUGGAAGGGAAUCUACAGCUGUCCUCAGUGCCGACAGACCUUCACACCAAGACCAGUUUUAGGAAAGAAUGUGGUGUUUGCUGAAAUGGUGGAGAAACUGAAGAAGACAAGACUCCAAGCUGCUCCUUCUCCUGUUCCUACUCUUCAUCAUCACGCUGGAUCUGUAGAUGUAAAGUGUGAUUCCUGCACUUUAAUUAAACGCAAAGCAGUGAAAUCGUGUCUGGAGUGUCGAAGCUCUUACUGUCAAAAUCACCUCAAACAGCAUGAGAAUCUCUUCAGAGGUAAAGGACACAAUCUUAUGGAUGCCACUGGACGACUGCAGGAGAUGAUGUGCCCUCAACAUGAUAAAAUGCUGGAAGUAUACUGCCGUACUGAUCACCGGUGUAUCUGUGUGCUGUGUUUGGUGGAUGAACACAAAAAUCAUGACACGGUAUCAACUGCAGCAGCGAGGACAGAGAAACAGAGACAUUUGGAGGGGAAACAGAGACAAUUCCAGAAAAUAAUCCAGCAGAAAGAGAAAGAUCUGCAGGAGCUGAGAGAGGCUGUGGUGUCUCAUAAGUGUUUUGCACAGACAGCAGCAGAGGACAGUGAGAGGAUCUUUACUGAAAUCAUCCGGUCCAUUCAUAAACAUCGCUCUGAGGUGAAGCAGCUGAUCAGAGAUCAGGAAAGAGCUGCAGUGAGUCGAGCUGAAGCACGACUAGAUGAACUGGAGCAGGAAAUCAGUGAUCUGAAGAGGAGAGACAUUGAGCUGAAGCAGUUUUCUGAAGCACAGGAUCAUGUUCAUUUCCUUCAGAGUUGGCCUCCUGUCUCUUUCUCUGAAUCUACAGACGGCUUCACUAUCAGUUCUCAUCUCUGUUUUGAAAACAUUGUUGAGUCUGUCUCUCGAAUCAGAGACAAACUGCUGCAGUUCUGCACAGAGACUAUAGAAAACAUAUCGGGAACAGUGAAAACUGUCCAGGUCAUUGGCACUCCUGAAUAUCAAAACAGAGAAGAGUAUCUACAAUAUUCAGGUCUGUUGACUGUGGAUCCAAACUCAUUGUUUUACGGCCUCCAUCUGUCUGAAGGAAACACCGUGAUGACUGUCACUGACACACAUCAGUGUUAUCCUGAUCAUCCUGACAGAUUUGAUUCUUGGGCCGAGGCAUUGUGUAGAGAGAGUGUGACUGAACACUGUUACUGGGAGGUGGAGUGGAGUGGUGAUGGUACGUCAGGAGUGGAUAUAGCAGUGACAUAUAAGAGCAUCAAGAGGAAGGGUGGUGGACCUGAAUGUGCAGCUGGACGUAAUGACAAAUCCUGGAGUUUGUACUGUACUCCCACUUUCUGCUCAUUCUGGCACAAUAACACUGAGACUGUCCUUCCUGUAACCCAUGUGUCCAGUAGAAUAGGAGUGUAUGUCGAUCUCAGUGCAGGGAUUUUGUCCUUCUAUAGUGUGUCUGACACAAUGAGCCUCAUCCACAGAAUCCAGACCACAUUCACUCAGCCGCUCUAUCCUGUGUUUGGAUUUGAUAGACAGACAGUGGUGAAACUGUGCCAUCUCACCAGUUAAAUCAUACAGAGAGACUACAGAUUUGUAUUUUAUUCAUGUUGUCUUGUAGUCUUUUUGAUUAAAUGUAUCUUUAGUUUGAUUCUCAGAAGUAACGUUCAAAUCUUCCGGUAAGAUACUUUUAAUAUAUUUGUUUCAGAUUUUUGGAAUCUUUUUUUUUUUUUUUUUUUACAUGGAUUUGGUCACAUGUAGUUCAUGUUUAAUAGACUACCAAACAUAACACUUAAGUACAUUCCUAGCUAGUAUAACUAAUUAAAUUCCCAAUGUGGUGAUUGAUUAAUCUGAUUAAUCAAAAUUUAAUGACAUAUCAACUUGGAUCAAUUUUAUGUUAAAUGAGACAUAAAUAGACAAACUUUUUUGAGCUGGGGGCCACGCUUCUGUCUAUGGGGCCUUUGAUGUUGAUGAAAUUUCAUUUUGUGGUCUUGUUGAAGACACUGAAGACAUUUUAUGAUUGUAGUGUAACCAAUAAAUUUGAAGUUGAUUUAA